GCGCGCGCGCCAAUACGACCGGUGCGCCAGUCAGCCGCCGCUCCCCGCCGCGUGCGCGCGUCCCUGGUGAAAGGCCAACUACCUGUACGACCGUUAUUGCCCUAAAUGACCACCUAAUGGACGAACGAAAAGGUAGUCCAUGCAUGCCCGUGAUAGCUCAGUGUGAACUGUAGUGGAGUGCAGUGUUGUUCAUGUCGAAAUGGAGGAGAUCCGCAUAUCGGAUUGGCCCGAACCACCUGGUUCCCAUGCAUGGCUGCCCGCUUAUGGUUUCCAGCAUGAUAUAUUGGAAAAGGAUGAUUAUUUCGGCACAAACGGUGAUAAUGGCAGCACUCACGCUUUGUACCUCGAGACAAUAGUCGAGGAGACGAGCGAUGAUUUGCGAUCCGAACGCUCAUCAGCUGCAACAUGGCUGUCCGACUCAGACGCAGAUUCCGUCAUCCAUGUACGGGCGGCAGCAGGGUCGGAGUGCGACAGCGAGUCGGAACGCGAAUGGGCGUGCCCGGCCAAACGCCGGCGGUGCGAGCGCGACUGUUCCCCUGUCAGCACCGGCUCCCUUUCCCGCACCUCCAGUCUCGCACAGUUCGAAUCCUUGGAGCGGUCCUGUGCGGCGCCGGUGUCACCCAGCCUCUCCCCGGAUUCGCUGGAGUCGCCGCCACCAUCGCCGCCACCUGCGCGCAUUCCUGCACCCCGAACACAUCUUUCCGCCGAAAACCUCAGCGAAGACAGUGGCUACAGCGAACGCUCGCGACGGCCGCCUCCGCCCGCGCAACGGCGCCCGCCCGAAAUAGCGCACCGGCCGCCGGCCGCCGCCGGUAGCGCGCCCUGCCUCACCGCGUCACCCAGUGCCGAGCGGCGGCCGCCCCGCGCCGCGCGCGCUCUCUCGCUCCCCGCCGAGCUCGACGUGUGCGCCGAGCCGCGCCGCCACGCCGCACACCGCGCGCGCUUCCGACAAACCUUUGAAGUCAGUGACAAUCUCACCGUCAGCGUGGCAGACCUCACGGCGCUGGACUACCGCGGCGGGCCGCGGCGGCCGCGUCUGCCGCCGCCGCCCCCGCCUCCCCGGGCACACAGGCAACCUCCCCCGCCGCCUCCUGUGGAGGUCAUCACGCAUCAUCCGACCGAAUCACCCGCGCGGGAACCAAGUGCGGGCAGUGAUUCUACAACGGAAUCCGAACGUGCUUUCGCUAGAGAAAUGGAAGAUACCGCAAAAAGGUUAGAUGAAACCGCGAGGAGAGCACUUGCUGAAAGCGCCGACUACGAUCGCGAACUAUCAGUGUUGACGGCGAAACGGAUGCGAGAUUCAUGGGGCGCGUGGGACGACGUGCUCGACGAACUGCGCCGGCGCAUGGAGCCGUCAUCCCCGACGCCGUCGCCGCCGCGCUCGCCCUCCCCCGACCCAAUCAGGCAGCCUGCAUUUACAUCGACGCCGUUGAGGUCAGAUGUCGCUCGCGUUCGGUCGACGCCUGAGUUACGCGCCAGAGCGACUCCUCAUCGAGAAACGCCGGAAGAAUUACGCGCGUCUUUACAACUAGUAGCGCCACCGCCCCCGGGUUCAGCGCCGCCGGCGCGCUCCGUGUCCGCAGGCUCCAAGGGAGUGACGUUCUCGCCGGUCGUGGCGGAAGUGAGCUGGCGGGAGACGAGCGCGAGCACCACCGAAAGCGAGACGACCGCGAGCGACGACGCCGACGACGCGGAGGUAGUGGUAAUCAUGGAGGGGGGAGGCGAGGAAGCGCGCGCGCCGGCCGCAGAGCGCGCCGCCGCCAUGACGGAAGCGGGCGCGCGCGCGCCUCGCGGCCGCAUAGCAGGCUUCCUCUCGCGGUUUGCGAACUUCCGAUUUUCGGGGCGCAAGGAGAAAAAAUCGAGGGGCGCAGGCGCGAACGCGCGGCCUCCCGUCGCCGCGGCAUCGCCGGCAGACGCGGGGCAGGGACCGCGCGCGGCGGCCGCCGGGCCGCAGUAUGUGCGAAUCCCGCUGAAAGAGGAGGGUGUGUCGCGGGCGGCGGCACCCCCCGUGGCGGGUGGCGUGGCGCACAAGCCGCCGCGGCCGCGCCCGCCGCCCGCUCCGGCGCCGGGCGUGCUAGAGACCGACGUGGACACGCAGCGCACCGUGCUGCACGCGCGCUCGCUGCUCGCGCUGGCGCCCCCGGACCAGCGCACGCCGCGCCCACACAAGUCCAUGGAGUUCCUGCUCGACAAGGAGAGCGCCCAGACCGUGCAGCCUCCAGAGAACGAACUGCAGAAGAAUUCGGAUCGCGUUUUAUCGGAACACGAGUUGCGGGUGCAAAGGUCCUUGCAGAAGCUCAAUGUGCCGGAAUGGUACAAAAACGCACCAGCCCCGCGGGAGGGUUUCCUGCUUCGGAAGCGAUUGUCUGACGCGUCCGCGUCGGCGGCGCGCUGGAGUGGCCUCAACUCCAAAACCACUUCCCUGGGCAGCCUCGGCGGCGCCAAUGCGCAGCCGCCACCACCACAACUCUCACCACACACUACCAGCUUCGGAAGGUGGUCUACCAGUCGGCUUAAUUCUAAUCAGACUUCCCCGUGCUCGUCGACCCGCAGCAGCAUUCGCGGCACGAGCCCCUUGUGUUCGCCCUCAGCUAGAUCUUCAUUCAGCGCCCGCCAGCCCUACCUUGGAUGGAGGAGUCAGGAGCGACUAAACUCUACGCCUAGAACACCGCAUGAGAGACUAGCAUCAUCCCUGCUCCAACACUCAACAACGCAGUCCGCUUCGUCAAAGGCAUCGGAGGAAAUCCAAACGUCGAUCAAGGAAGUGACGUCAGCUAUCGUGCACUACGUGUCGGGACUCGAACCCGCUAACGGCGACAUCGAUCGGCAACCAUCGCCGCGAUCAAGUCAGAAACUAUAUUGGCUCGAAAGUUCUUUUGUUGGUACUAAACCCCUGGAGUCACCGCAGACCCCCCUGGUAGUAUCGGAAUCGUUACCUCCCCCCCACCCCCGGCCGCCAUCGUCGCUGCGGCUCGACCAUCGCGCGGCGCCCGACUGGCAGGAUUCCCAACGCUCCUUGAAUAUCGGUAUCGCCCGGCCUUCGCCAGGCUCGACCACUUUGGAAGAUGUACUGGACUCGCUCCUCGGCUUGCCGUCGCAGCCGGCGAGGAUACCCACUCCUCAGCCGAGUCCUAGGAAGUCGACAAGCCCUUAUUAUUUGAUGGGCGGCAAGAGUCCUCGGUACGAACAGUUGGCCAGCAGCGGCCACAGCAGCGCGUCUCCAGCCUCACGCUUUAUAAGCACUCCGAGCGAAGAGCCGAGCUCAUUUACCGACCCGAGUCCCGAACACGACCGACCAGGCAAGGAUUCAGUUGAUAAUCCUGUCGCAAUGCAAGAGUCGAGACGGCCGCGUUCGGCGCAGGGCGACCACUCUCGACGCAGAAGCGAACCUUUCGCCCAACAGAGCGCCUCGCUCGACCGCCGCACCAGCCUCGACGCCGUAGUCUUGCGCCCAUCUGAACCUCAUUUAACCCACCACGAUUCCAAAACUUCCCUCGCUUCUCUUCAAACAGAUAACAGCACAGACGAUGCCUUCGUCAAGUGCAAGUAUCCAAAAUGCUCUUCGCGAGCUCCCCUUGCAGAUGCUAAAAGGCAUUACAAAACUUGUCACAACUGUACGACUACGUAUUGUUCAAAAGAAUGUAGGAGGGCUCAUUGGGAGAAACACAGAAAAGUUUGCUUACACACCAGAGCGAGUACACUGUGCCGACAGAUAAUAGCAGCGGCCAAAGAGGAUGCCGAUUCUUUGCAUCAAAUUAGCACCAUAGCUCACAGGGGCUACUUAGCUCAAGGAAGGGGUGUCGUUAAGGUAUUUUUCACGAGUCCGGAGGCGGCAGAGAAGUUCACAACCCACGGCUUUCAAUAUCUCACCGAGCCGGAGUACUUAAAGUGGACUUCGUUGCAACCAAACGAAAUGGGAGUGGAACUGUACACGGAAGUAGUAAAACUAUGCAAAAGCUACAAUCCAGAGACGAGAGUCAUAUUGUACGUGGCUGUGUGCGUAAUCAGUGAAGUGCCUACCAAGGGUGCUGUGAAGUGGGAACGGCAGAUGGUGUCGAGAUGCGCCAAACUACGCCUCAGCAAGACCGUCACCGCCGCGAUACAAGAACAAAACAGGAGACGGCACAGAAGGGACAGUAAGAGCACACCGGAAGAUCGAGAAACAUUGAUAUUGACAUCAAAGAUGUGUAACGCGGGCGAAAAGAAUGCCGCAACAGCACACAAGUUUAGGGAAAUAUGCUUUCAAAAUAUAUGCAACGAGCUGGAAAGUCGAGGAGUUAAUCUGAAGAAGCAUUUUCCCGAAGUGUACUCGAGAUUGGCGGCUUACGUUGAUGGCACGAGCGACAGAUUUAUACCCAUGACGAUAUACCCAAAAGACGUCACAAGCGGUAAAUCGUUCAUGUGUGUCAUCAUGCCGGACAGCGAAGUAGAGAGUGGGACCCCGGUAGAUGGUAAAGUCACAACUGUAGACGUUGGCGUAGACCGCUCGCGACACCAGCUGUCCACUCCCAUGUGAGAGUAUUGUUAUGUAGCUAACAAGACUGUCUGUAAUUGGUGUAUUUAUUCAAUAUAUCGAUGGUGUGACAAUGUGUUACUUCCCUACGCCAUUCAAAGUUUACUAAAUUUCUUGAAGGUGAAUCUCGUGUGUGAACAAUUUAUAUGUUUUGUUAGCUAGUUAAAUCUAUUUGAUAUAUUGUUUGCUACGUGAAAAUGUAAUUUUAAUUUUGUAUACUGAGGCUCAUUAUUCACGUCUAGUGUGCUUAAUUUAUUUAUAUAGACUUAAGCGACCUUAACGCUGAUGCCAGAAUCCCUGCUAUUAUCCAAUGACAUCUAUUAAAUCUUUCUCGAUAUAUAUAAUCAUCAUAGUGCGCAACAAAGUCUGUAAUAAAUCAAAAUACAAUUUUUCGAUACGAGAAAAGAUUAAAUAAUGUUCAAAAAAUAUUUUGAAAUAGAAAUGUUAGAUUUGAAUUUAAAAAAUAAAAGAGGCAUUCAUUGUUUUUGUCUAUUUAUGUUAGGAAGUAAUUAAUUUAAUCAAAGAAUAAUAAUACUAUGUUGUGAAAUGUAUUGUACCAAGUUAUACAUUCUAUUAUAGCAUUUUUAGAUAGCUUGUUAAUGCGAAUCGACAAUAGUUUAAAAUGUUUAUCGCUAAGCCAAAAAUGGCACAGAGUAUUUACGAGUUAAAGAGAAAAUGCUUUUCUUAUUAAAUAUAUAAUUUUUAAUAAAAGAAAGCUUGGAAAUAUGCAUGAAAAAUUAGAGUUUUUAAUUUCAUAAAUCUAGUAUUUUGUCUUUAGAUAGAUCAAUGAAAUGAUACAAUAUCGAGAAUAUAAUCAUACAAUCAAUGUACAAACGACUUCACUUGAAAUGAAGCAGAUAUGAAAAAUCUUAAAAGACACUGCUUUUAUAAACUUUAUGGAUAAGUUAAUAUAUAUUUCAUAUAUAUAAAUCAAGAACUGUUUAAAGAGUAUUUUAAGCAUUUAUUUCAAGUGGAGAGUUGGAGACCUUGCAUCGAAAUUCGAAUGAAAUAUACUAAUAACAAAUAGUAUUUCUUUAUUUCUACGGCUGUAGGUACGUGAAUAUGAGGACGUGUGUCAAACUAACUAAAAUACAUUCCAUUUAAUUAUAAAACGGCACAAAUAUAAAAUAAGAAUUUUUAUAAUCAAUGAUGGUGCCAAUAAAUUUAUGAGAUAUCGUGCUUCAUCAUCGUUUGUAUUCUACGUCGUAAAUAAUUCAUGGUGUUACAAUGUGCAUGCAUGUAAUAAAGUUCUACGAGAUCCGCUUUACCGAGUAUUUUUUUUAAUAAUUGUUAUUAUCUAUAUGUACUUUGUAAUUAUGUCUAGAUAUUGUCAUCAAAUAUUUAAAAUGUAAAAUAUGUUGAUUAAACAUUAAAUUGUAGGUAAAAUUAUGUAAAUGGUUAAAAUAAUUUUAAUCUCCAUUUCCAUCGCUGUAUUUUACAAGAAUUUAAAUAUUAGCAUAAAUGACUCAUGACCCAUAUAAAAAGGAAUACAGUUAUAAAAAUUAAAUUGACUACAUUUGUAAAUUGAAUUGCCUCAAAAGCUUUGUAAUUUGAUACAAAAAAUGAAAACAAAUUAUUCGUAAACAUAUUUAAAAGUCUCAUUAACGUUUUUUCUAAUAAUCUUUAAUAAAGCGUUAUAAUUUAGAUGUUUUUGGACUAAUCUAUACCUAUUCGUAAAACCUAAAUUCAAUACCUACCUAUAUUUAUUAUAGUGUUGCCAUAUCAAUUGUUUUUAUUAUUCUGUACUCCAGAUUUUUUAUCUAGUUGUUCCUUAUGUACCAUUUCAAAUAAAUGGCCCAGCUACAA